GAAGAUACAUCUACACACAUGCCUGUCUUGUCGAUUGGACAAGCGUUGGGUCCUGGUAGCUCCUCAUGUGGUUAUUGUCGACCCCCUGAACACAGGAGGAGCAUUAACGAAACUAGUUACAAGAAGGCUGGUCUACUGGCAGUGAAGCUAUCGUGUAAUGUUUACCAAAGAAUGAUAGACCGAGGAUGGAGAAGAUCAGGCAAGUAUUGCUAUUCCCCAGACUUGAGACGCUCAUGCUGUCCUCAGUAUACUAUCAAGUUGGAUGCGCUUGAGUACAAACCGUCCCGUAGCCAGAGAAAGGUAGUGAAUCGGUGGAAUCGAUACAUACUGGACUCAGAUAACAAACAACCUCAAUCAUCAACAAAACAACUGUCCUUCUCCCUUCAAAGUUCAAUACACGCCUCCGAAGAUAGUUUCAAGUCAACUGAACGCGCAGCUCAUAAAUUUGAGGUAAAAUUGGAACCGGCGUCCUACUCUGAUGAAAAAUAUGCACUUUACAGGAGGUAUCAAAGCCAGAUACACCAAGACCCUGACAGCAGUUCUACGGGUUUCAAGAAUUUUCUAGUGCAAUCGCCUUUGGUUCCUGAACCUAUACCAUAUGCUGACUCAUCUAAUGUUCCUCGCCAUCUUCCCCGUGACUAUGGCUCUUACCAUCAGUUAUACCGACUAGAUGACGAACUAAUCGCCGUCGGUGUCAUUGACAUUCUCCCCUUUUGUGUUUCUAGCGUAUAUUUCUUUUAUGAUGCAAAAUGGGAAAAGUAUUCUCUAGGAAAGCUCAGCGCCAUGAGAGAGGCAUCUCUAAUACAAGAAAUGCAUGCAGCUGGGGCCCAGACAAUGGACUCGUUAUACAUGGGGUUUUAUAUCCACUCUUGUCCAAAGAUGCGUUAUAAAGGCGAAUACUCGCCUUCUUAUUUAGCUGAUCCGGAGGAAUUUACAUGGUACCCUCUCAACAGCUGCAUCAGCAAACUUGAACAGUACAGGUAUGCCACUUUCCGAUACCCAGAACACUCUCUGGAAGGGUCUGGUGAUCCUGGAGAAGAAGGGCCUGCUACGGCUAUCCCCAACCAGUCACUCAGUGAUGUGAAAGUCGUAAAUUCGAUUGAGGAAGGUGUGGUAUAUGUCAUUCCCGUCAUCGCAUCUGAUCAUUGGAAGAACGGCCUACUACGCAACGAGUUUACCAGUUGCAUCCGAGCCCUCGGUGUAGAUUUGGCGAAAGAGAUAACAUUUUACGCUUAGUUUAUGGCAGCAUCCCCGCUACUGUUUUAGACGCUACAGUGGCAUGGCUCACACCGACAUGAUAUUCGACAUGACACGACACGACCGUAGAGUGGUCUGCAAGCGGCCACGAAGCAUCUAUGAAACUUUCACCUAUCGGCCAACACAUUCCCACUUCCGGGCUGAUAAUUAUGUACUUACUGUCUACAUAUGACAAAUGAUUGCUUAUCGAAAACGUUAGGUGUCAAGGUUGAAUUUCAUUUCGUUGAUUCUACUUUAUGACUCUAGAUGCUUCGUAGAUUCUUUGCCCUCGUCUGUAAUGCCUAAAAUUAAAUCGCCUUCUGCUGAACCCGCAAGAGGUACAUCGCGACGA